CGCUCUUCGUUCUACUUCAUCGCUUCGCUUGUCGAAAUCAUUUCCGGCUGACUUGCAUCUGCACACAGCUUCCCCUUUAACAAAGUUCUACAGUUCGAAGAUUCGACGUAAGAACAAACCUUACGGGUGUGCCUGGGGGGUCUCACCGCUCGGAAGUGGCACGGCGGAAGGCUGCAAAGCAGGUCAGACGUUGCUCACAGAUUUUUCUGUCCAGAUCUGUUGCUGCUAUUCCAUCCGCAUUUCGUCCCUCGAUUGACAAGCUGUGGGCAUUGAAAAUGACGGAUUUGAAGGACACAGCCUCCGGCUCCAUGUCCUAACCGACGACAUGGCGCAGAGGCAUGUGUUUCGCAACCUCCAUCGCCUUAAAAUUGAGCAAAGACAUCGUGCCGCCUGCCUUGUCCGCCUCUUCUCGUUGAAUGCAUAGCGGAGAUUCCACCGCAUCUGCAUAACGCCUGAGACAUUUUCAAUCUUCGCAGGCUAUUUCUGACAAGUGAAGCUGGGGCUAAGAUGAUCAAACUUUCGUCGACCCCACACUUUUCAUGGAAGGCCUCAUUUUGGACAUCACUUUGCAUAGGAGAGCGAGCCCCAAGUCCAGAACAGCGAAACGAUCAUCGAAUUAGAUUUCAAGCAUCUGCCGAGGAAUAUCGUCAGCUGAAAAAUUGGGAAGCGACUCCACAGCAGGCUACUCUUUAUUUUCUGCAUUAAGCCCGUGGGGAGCGGACGUCAGCGCUGCCAUUUCAUCUCAGCUACCCCACGUCAGAUCUAGCUCCCGUUCAACGUGCAGAAUUUUACCCCCAUCUAUUUUGUUGAAAGACAACCUCUUCAUCAGAACAUCUAGCUUUGUCACUCCAUAAACAAAACUAAAGCUUAGAAAUGGGUGUAGAAAAGACUCUCCUCAAGGCCGGCAACGGCACGGACAAGCCUAAGAAGGGCGACACAGUCACGAUGGAGUACACUGGCUGGCUCUACGACACGUCAAAGCCCGAGAACAAGGGAAAACAAUUCGACUCGUCAGUGGGAAGGGGCGACUUCAACACGAAGAUUGGCGUUGGUCGCGUCAUUCGCGGAUGGGAUGAAGGCAUUCUCGGCAACGAGCAGAACGAAGGAAUGACGUUGGGCGAGAAGUCUAGGCUGGUCAUCUCCGGCGACUAUGCCUACGGCGAACGAGGUUAUCCUGGCUUGAUUCCCGCCAAUGCUACACUUAUGUUCGAUGUCGAGCUUAAGGCAAUCAACGGAAAGGGCUUGUAAGCUGCUUGAGUCAAUCUGACUCACCGCUGCUCUGCAGGUGAAGUGGAGGGAACUUUGUCGCAUAAACACCAUAAACACGGUCCUUCGUGGUGGGCUCCAUUCAUUCUGGAGACGACGUUGUGCAAAGAAAGCACAUACGGCGAAACUGUUGAAUUUAGCUGGUAUCGCUACUUAAACCCACUGAUGCAUCAAGAUCGAGACUUUCUUUUGAGUGUUAGAAGCAACACCAUCAACACCAUGUUGAAUUGAUCCGUCUCCCUACUAAGCGAUAGCGCCGGCUGUGGAUUUUGAGGUUAUCCUUCCAGUUUUAGACCUUCGCACUUGCCCCAGCCUUCCAGCUCCCUCUUAUGGUCUUUCAUGCGUUUGCUCUAGUAAAAUAUCCUGUCGUCGAUUAACAAUUCCAGCAACAGGCUUUUCAUCA